AUGCCGAAGACGCUGUCGGAUCACACGCCCAUCAAGGACGUCGGCCUCAUUACACCCACUUCGGCGCGCGCCAAUCCUGCCUUCAGAGAGCGUAACGAAACCGAAAUACCAAGGACAAUCGGAGGGGCCACCGUGGAGUUCGCUAACGGUGCAUCUGUUUCUAAGAUCUCUUUGAUUUCGGACUUCUCCGCCGUGUUCACAUCGGACCUGUCUCCACAUACAUCUGUACAAGAGCUAGUCGACUUCUUGAUCGCCAGAGGCUUUCCCCAGGUGACGCACGAUUGUGUUCGCCUCAAACACAUCCCUGAGAAGCUUCAUAAGACAGGUCUGAUCAAAAUCCGUGAUCCAGACUUCGCCAACAAGCUUCUCCAGUGUCUUCAGGAUACGCCGGUUCGUCUUCGGGAUAUGGAAGUUCGCGUGUCGAAAAUGCAAAUUGCAGGAAAGACAGUAUCCGGAAUGAAUCGACUUCAGCUCACUAGCGUAACAUGUUCAUGGUUCAAUCCUUCCAAGGUGGCUUUUCUGGAAUAUGACGCGGACUGGAAAGCGAAGCGGGCGCUCGAACGCAUCGGGCGCCCGGAUUCAAAUGAGUUCCAGGGCCGGAAGCUCGAUGUCACGUAUCAACCAGCUCGGUCCUUGCAACUAGAAGAAAGAGCUAUCACGCAACUUCGAUCGCACGGUACUCUCAUCGAAGAGUGUACUCCUUAUCCCCAGAAGAGAGGAAGUAGAACGAAGAUCAUCGCCAAGUUUAGCGAAGCAGAGGCAGCACGAAAUGCGGUCAAGAAGAUGCACGAAACUUGUCUCGAUCCUAGCUCCAAUGAUAAGACGCAGAUCACUCCUCUGGUUUCCAUCAAAUUGUCGGUCUCCUUUCGAAUCCCAGCAGCCAUUCGAUCACAGCUUGACCCUCUAGUCGAUCAAACAUGGCGAACAGAUUACGUUCAGAUCAAGAGCUACAAAACUCUGGGCAAACAAUACCUCCAAGUCCGCAUUUUCGGGCAGUCCAGAGUACCAGGUGCCAAGGCCAAGUCGGCCGUGGAGAAGCUCCUUACCGGUCAGAUCGCCACCCACGGCCAUGGCCCGAUCACAGACCCGUUCUACUUCACGCCUUCAACAAAGAGCUUUCUGGACGAUCUAGGAGCCUCACAUGGGGUUUUCUUCUUCGACUAUACGGAGAUCACGAGGGUAUCGCACGAGUCGAAAGCGCUCUGGUGGCUAAGUGUGCAGAAUUGA